ACCGCGCACGAGUGAUCGACCCCCGCCUCGCGAAACCCAGCGAGCCCUAGCGCCACCGAUGGCGUCGCCGGACGAUGAGGCCGAGCAGCAGCAGCAGCAGCCGCCGCCGCCGAAGCGCCCCCGCCGUGAUGCCCCGGCGGAACCCCUGGCGGCGCGGGUGGGGCUCAACCCGGCGGACUGCGACCUCGAUUUCGACGUCGGCGGCGGUGGCGGGCUCCGGGGGGAGGCGCUGCACGAGGGCGGGUUCGCCUACUGCUGGUCGGGCGCGCGCGCCACGGUUGGAGUCAGGGGUGGCGGGAAGUACUGCUUCGGGUGCAAGGUUGUCGCCGAGCAGACCGUGGAGAUGGAGGACACGGCCGCCGACCAGCAGCACCUCUGCCGCGUCGGGGUCUCGAGGGGCGACGACCCCGUGGGGGCCCUCGGGGAGACCGGCCGCAGCUUCGGGUUUGGGGGCACGGGGAAGUUCUCCCAUCAGGGCAAGUUUGUGGAGUACGGCGUGAAGUUUGGGGUUGGGGAUACGAUUGUCUGCGCCGUGGACCUUGAUUCGAAGCCACUGGCGUCAAUUGGGUUCUCCAGAAACGGGGAGUGGCUUGGCAUUGCAAAGCACUUCGAUGCGAGUGACAAAGGGCUCGGUUUGGUAGCUGCUCCAGUGAGCCCAAUGCAAUGGGAGUCGGCAAUCUUUCCACAUGUGUUGCUGAAGAAUGUCGUGGUCGAGAUGCAAUUCAUCAGGGAGGAUGGGCUGCAGCUUGUUGAUGGUUAUGAGCCCUGGCCCUUAUCUCAUGUCGAUGGGAAUGCGGUAUUUGGCCCUGUGUUUGCACAACAAAGAGAGUGUGAGAUCGUGACGAUGGUUGGUCUCCCGGCUUCAGGGAAGUCAACGUGGGCAGAGAAGUGGAUCAAGGAGAACAAGGAGAAGCGCUUUAUCCUUCUUGGAACUAAUCUUGCAUUGGAGCAAAUGAAGGUGCCAGGAUUGUUGCGUAAACAUAACUACAGUGAGCGCUUUGAACGUUUGAUGGAUCGUGCCACAGUGAUUUUCAACACAUUGCUGACCAGGGCCGCAAAGAUCCCUCGCAACUACAUCAUUGAUCAGACUAACGUUUACAAGAAUGCUCGUAUUCGCAAACUAAGGCCAUUUGCAAACUACCAUAAGAUUGCUGUGGUUGUGUUCCCAUUGCCAAGUGAACACAAGGCCCGGGCAGCAAAGCGUUUCAAGGAAAUGGGGAAGGACGUGCCAGCUGAUGCAGUAGAUGAGAUGACAGCUAAUUUUGUCUUACCCCUAUCCAAGGGCAUGCCUGAUUCGAAAGAGCCCUUUGAUGAGGUAAUCUUUGUAGAGCUUUCCAGGGAUGAAGCCCAGAGAAACCUAGAUGAGAUGAAACGUUUGCUGCCAAGAGCCUCAACUCCCGGCUAUGCCAAUUUCAAUAACAAAAAUGUGAGCUCAACUUAUGGUGGGACUAUUGCUGGGACAAUGCCACCUCUGUCACCAGGCUAUCACCGUCAAAUGGACAAUCCAUAUGGAAGUGGUAUGCAGACACCAGGGGCCUUGACACACCAACAGGCAGCAUGUGGUAUCCAUGGUUUCCACAGUCCAGCAGGGAUUAACCAACAUCAAAUCCACAUAAGCUACCCAAAUAUACCAUACCAACAUCAAAUCCAAUCAAGCUAUCCAAGCACCCCAUACCAACAUCAAACCCAAUCAAGUUAUCCAAGUACCUCAUAUGAAGAUCAGAUUCCCUCUGGCUACGCAUGUAAUCCAAACCAUCAAAUUCAUCCGAGCUACCCCAGUACCCCAAACCAAUACCAAAGCCAUUCAACAUAUCCCAAUACCCCAUCUUCUGGUCAUGGGAAGAAUGUAUAUGGUUCCAAUGGUGGCCCAAGUCCAUACAAUCCUAAUCCUUACAACAUGAACACGAAUUUGCAACAAAGAAUUCUAGCGCCCGUGGGUGACAGGAACCAGUCCCAUACACUUGUGACAAAUGCAGCCUAUGGGAGAUCUGGCCAUGAAGCGGCAAAUUCUGUUGGAGGACCAACCAAUGCACAUCCAUCAACUCCUGCCGUGUACAGUUCUGGCAAUUACACACACUAUAUGCAGCAUUCUAAUGAUGUACACAACUCUGGGUCGCAGUACUCAGCUCCAGUCACCAGGCCUCCUUACAGAGCUCCUACACCAAACCAUUUGAAUCCACAGACUAGCAUUCGGUACAUCUAGGAAGGCGGCUAAUUUGUGGCGAGAAGCGAACAGUGGCAUAUGGUAGUUAAGUAGAUGUACGCUAGUGCGUGACCUACACGCUUGUUUUGAGGUUCCAGGGAACCUUUGGCUCCAGAAUUUCUAUAGUUAUACGCACGUAUAAACCAUUUAUGUAUUGUCCUGUGAACGACUUUUGCAUGAUCUUUCAUAAAUUCUGAAUCAUUGUGAGAUAAGAUUAGUGAAUCCUGCCAGUGGAUACGUGCAAGAAUUAUCAGCAUUAGGGUGAUUGUUUAACUUUUUCAUACGGUAUUUUUAUA